GAAAUAUCUUUUAACGAAGCUGAUAGUAAAAAGUCCUCUGCUAUUGAAUCGAAUGGUCAUGAUGGGAAAGAUCCUGUGGCGAAUAAUGGUAAAAGUGCAAAAAAUGGAAAAAGAAUUGUGGGACCCACGACGAAAAAGAUUGGAAGGGACAUAGUGAAAAAGAUGGAUUCUGUUUCAAAGAGCAAGAAGAUUCUGUCUCCAGCAAUGGCACAGAAAUACAAGUUGAUGAAGGAAGAAGAGGAGCGUAAAAGAACGGAGGAAUUACGCAUUCAACAGCUGAAAGAACAGCUGCCAGCAAGUAAGAAGCUUCCUGUGGGGAAUAAGUCAACCCCUCCAAAACCCGUCAAGAACAAAUCUCCAUCCACUAAACUCGCUGCAUAA